AUGAGUAGACAUCGUUUACGUGAUAGUUCCAUUGAAAGAGUGCUAGAAGAAGUUUUGAACGAAUCAGAUUUAGAGGAAAGUGAAGUGGAUGAUGAUGUGGAAGAAAUUAGAACUGAUUCAUCGUCUGAGAAUGAAGAUGAGGUUGAAGCCAAUCCACCAAAUGAUAAUGAUACGGAAUGUGAUAAAUUCAUUGCAAAAAGUGGACGAGAGUAUAUUACGAAGCCAUCUCGACAAUAUCGGCGUUCUGUACAAAAUAUAGUGCGAGAAAGAAUGGGGCUAGGACAACAAGGAAGAAUUGCGUCUCCGAAAGAGGCUAUAGAGCUCUUUUUUACACCUCAAAUUAUGAAUCUAAUAAAACUACACUCAAAUGAAGAGGCUUCUCGACUAGGUAUUCAGCACACAGAUGAAGAUGAGUUAUUUUGUUAUAUAGGACUCUUGCUAAUCAUGGGUUCAAAUCAUGACAAUAACAUACCUGUCCAAGAUUUAUGGUCUUUGCUUCAGGGCCGACAAGUGUACUAUGGAUCAAUGAGUCGGACUAGAUUUUUCGAAUUGACUAAAAUAUUGAGAGAAGGCGAACGUAUACAGAGAAGGCGAACGUAUACAGAGAAGGCGAACGUAUACAGAGAAGGCGAACGUAUACAGAGAAGGCGAACGUAUACAGAGAAGGCGAACGUAUACAGAGAAGGCGAACGUAUACAGAGAAGGCGAACGUAUACAGAGAAGGCGAACGUAUACAGAGAAGGCGAACGUAUACAGAGAAGGCGAACGUAUACAGAGAAGGCGAACGUAUACAGAGAAGGCGAACGUAUACAGAGAAGGCGAACGUAUACAGAGAAGGCGAACGUAUACAGAGAAGGCGAACGUAUACAGAGAAGGCGAACGUAUACAGAGAAGGCGAACGUAUACAGAGAAGGCGAACGUAUACAGAGAAGGCGAACGUAUACAGAGAAGGCGAACGUAUACAGAGAAGGCGAACGUAUACAGAGAAGGCGAACGUAUACAGAGAAGGCGAACGUAUACAGAGAAGGCGAACGUAUACAGAGAAGGCGAACGUAUACAGAGAAGGCGAACGUAUACAGAGAAGGCGAACGUAUACAGAGAAGGCGAACGUAUACAGAGAAGGCGAACGUAUACAGAGAAGGCGAACGUAUACAGAGAAGGCGAACGUAUACAGAGAAGGCGAACGUAUACAGAGAAGGCGAACGUAUACAGAGAAGGCGAACGUAUACAGAGAAGGCGAACGUAUACAGAGAAGGCGAACGUAUACAGAGAAGGCGAACGUAUACAGAGAAGGCGAACGUAUACAGAGAAGGCGAACGUAUACAGAGAAGGCGAACGUAUACAGAGAAGGCGAACGUAUACAGAGAAGGCGAACGUAUACAGAGAAGGACAGUUGCGCAGGAAACAAUUGAAGCUAGUGCAAUUAACAAUCAACACUUCAUUGUUUGCACACGAAGUAACACCAAUAACAUACCCCUUCUCAAAAAAUUGGUUGAAGUGCUUAACUUUGAUUAA